GGUGGGCGGAGGCUUUUUCUCCGGGCUUCAUUCAUAAAUCCUCAGGCCGGUGACGGAGCUGCAGCUCAGAACUGGACCCGGAGGUGAGAACCGGGUACCGGGCAUUCAGCAUCCCCCGGGGGAGGAGGAGGGAGGAGUGGGCAUGAGCGGGGCCCGUACUGAAGGUGUCAGAUCAUGAGCUAUGAGUCACCUGCACUAGAGAAUAUAACUGACACUUCCACGGUUGCUCCGAGUACCCCACCUCAGGAUGGGUACGUGCUACUCUUGGUUCUGCUUUCCAUCUUCAUUGGUGGAACACUACUUCUGCUCACCGGGGUCCUGAUUCUUUGCAGACGUUGCUGUGAUUCUCGCCUGCGAUUCUCUAGGCCAAGUGAUGAUGCAGAGAAAACAAACACUUCUUAUGUGGAUGAAUCUCAACCCACCCAUGACAUAACCAUACACAUUGAGGAUGCAGAGUCUUUGUUGGCCUCAGGUCUCCGUGAUGCAGAAUCAGGCAGAUUUUUGUGUACAGCUUCAAGUGGCAGAAGGGUCUCAUUCAAUGAGGGAGCCCUGUGUGGACAAGAGAAGAAAGAAAGGGACCGUGGCAGAAGGUAUACUCUGACUGAAGGAGACUUCCACUAUCUUAAGAAUGCACGAUUGACACUUCCCCCACUUCCUUCUCUACCUCCCACUGCUCUACACAUCCUAACCAUACAUGAGAGUGAGGGAGGGGAAAGCAGCAGUAGUGGUGGCACAUCAGAGACUCGACCCACCUCCCCUAGCAAGUCCAACAUCUCUAUAUAUCAGCCACCUCGCAGUUCUCCAAUUCCACUCACGCGUCUGUCACUCAGCCCAAGCUCUGCCCUUCCAGGAGAUGCAUAUAACUCUGUGGCUGACACAAGUUUUAUGGAUACUCCAAAGCGCAGCCCACUUACCCCAAGACAGAGCCCCGCCAGUGCUAGGUUUGAUCUAAGCAGUCAUCCAUCUCAGGGAGAUGGAAGCUCAGAUGUGGCUCCCACUCGAAGUCAUGGUGCUGUCCUUCACUUCUUCAAUCGUCUACGGCGCCAUGCAAGUUUGGAAGGAGCAAGCCCUUAUCUUAAAAUCAAGAAAUGGAAGCUAGGCAGUGUGCAGAGAGCAAGCAGCCUAGAUACCAGAGGGUCUCCAAAGCGGCACCAGUUUCAGCGGCAGAGAGCAGCAAGUGAGAGUGCUGAACGUGAUGAUAUCAUACAGUACAUAGCCCAUACUCAAGACACUGCAUUCCCUUCCAGCCAAGGAACGUUCAUCUCACACCACGGGACCCCACCACAAUCUCUCGGCAGGUUAGACCAUGGGGAGGAUGGGUCUCUCUCAGACAUAGGGACCACCGAGCAAACUCAGCUCCCUCCCCAGUGUGAUAUAUGGAGCCUGCGUGCAUCGCUAGAGAUCUGUGCUUCCGACCAAAGCAGCAGCAACAAUGACCGUGACUCAGUUCGCAGUGAUGCAGACAGUGUAAGUUCCUUAAGUGGUCUCCCUAGCCUCCCCUCUCAAGACCUUCCAGAUGGCCGUCCUGCGCGGAGUGCUGAGCCGGAAACAGGACCACGUAAGCUUUUACAGAUGGACAGUGGUUAUGCCUCCAUUGAAGCUCCUUGCAGGCCCCCUGAAGAGUCAUGCAGUCCACAUCGAGAUAAAACUGCAUCUGAGAAGAGACUCUUUUUUACACAUGCUGGGCGUAAAGGAACAGUAUUUGAAAGCUUGGAAGGGCGUCUGUAUGAACAAGGAGCUUCUGGAGGGGAGGAGGAGGCCUGGUUCCCACACCAUGCCCAGACCUUGACUCCUCGAGAGGCAGUGUCACGCAGAGAUUACAGCAUUGAUGAGAAAACAGAUGCAUUAUUUAAUGAAUUUUUAAGGCAUGAUCCACAGUAUGAUGACUCUCCCCUUCGUAUGAAACAUCGUUCCCGUGCUCACUUGCGCAAGCAAUGGCAGAGAACCAAGCAGUACAGCGAUCCCGGCAUUCGUUUCCCCCCAGCACUUGAAAAACAUCGUGCUCCCCAAAUGCGCAGGGGAGAUAGUGCCAAUUACCUACCUGACACUCGAUACCACAGCACUUUGCCACGUAUUGCAAGCUCUACUGAUGAGGAAGGGACAGAUGGCUGUCCACAGAGCCCAUCCUCCCUUACCCCAGAAGAGAAAAUUCAGGCCAUAGAGGAAGAGCCUUCUGAGCAUAUCCCUGCCCCUGAUGAACCCCCUAUUGUCCCAGAGGACCCUGAGCAAGACUAUGGCUAUGGGCCGCAAACCACAGAGUUGCUUGAUAAAAUAGGUGCAGGACUUGAAGCACAUCUGUAUCAGAGCAUUCAGAGGACAGCACGCAGCCCUGAGAGGCUCUGCACAGUGGCACAUGUAUCACCAGAUCACAGUCCUGUUUAAGGCAGUUAAAAUAGCAUCUCAAGUCUCACAUACAAGGCAGGAGUGUCAUCUCCUGAAACAUGGAGCAAAAUGUGUGAGGAGUUGUCAGAGUUAAUAUACAGAUCACUACUACUAGAAAGCACAGUGCCAAAUGAUAGACCUCUGAAGGCCCAUUCACUCACUGCUACACAUUGUGCCAUACAAACACAAAGCAUGACUGUAAAGACAUACAGCACAUACACACUGCACUCCUGUACUCAGCAUGGAGAUCAACACCAUCACGCAUUCAUUCAUGGAAAGCGGUACAGUUAUCUUCCAAGCAAUAUGAAGUUUCUUCCUGAAUGCCGGAUAAUAAGCACUCCCCUCAGGGACCCUGCAAAUUGGGGUGGCAAUGUGUGGACCCUCAGCUCUCAAUGUGGUUGCUGCACAUCCGGCUCUGUCUACCCAAAAAAUGAACUGUCUGGCACAAGAGAGGGUGGGUUGGGGGAGGAGGGCUUCAGGGGCUAGAUUGUUUUGCACCAGGGUGGGAGGGUGGAAUGUAUUUAUUUUUUUAAAGAUUUCUUGUUAUUUGGAGAUUAAGUGGUUCUUCCUCUGUAUUCUCACAGUAGCACAUGGUGGGGUACAGGAGGUAUUUAAAUAAUAUCUUCCCACUUCUGCUGUGUAUUUGUCCUUAUUACAUAAGACAGCACAUUAUAAUUGGGAGCAUGUGUGUAUGUAAGAAAGUGAAGACAGUGGUAUAAACAACUGGAGCAAUAUUUUCUGAAAAUGUGAUUUUAGUUUUCCUCCAGCCAUGAUCCCAUCCUUGUUCUUCCUGGAUCCCAUAUAAUGAGCUCAGCAGAUUGGAGUGUGGACCACCAGCACUCACUCAGUGUGGUUACUACACAUCUGGCUCUGUCUAUUCAAAAACUAAAAUGGUUGGCACACGAAGGGGGAGGGGAGUGGAGCGUAUCAGGGGCUAAUGUUUUCUUGUACGAGGGUGGGUGGAUUUUUUUUUUUUUAUUUAUUAAAAGGUUUCUUGGUACAUGGGGUUCUUGCCCUGUAGUCUUACAGUAACAGAUUGUGUGACUAGAGGAGAUCUUUAAAUAAUCUAUUUCCACCUCUGCUGUGUAUUUCUCCUUAUUAAUAUAACACCCUUGUAACUGGGAGCAUGUGUGUAUGC